GGUGUUGCUGCCAUCAUGGUCAUGCAACAAUUAGUCCAAAACAAGGGACAGCUGAGUUCAUCUGCGUUUUUAAAUAAGGGCUUAAGCAGACUUGUGGUACUAGUUCCAAAGAGGUCAGUUGCAGAGGAAGAUCACGAUGGAUUGUUUCAGGGUGCUUGUCCUGUGUUUCUGGCUUGUGCUUGGUGAUGUAAAUUGCUGGAAUACCCAGAGAGGUUAUGUCCGUAUCCUGGCGCGACAGGCCCUUAUCGGUGUCCACAAUGACAAAAAUUGGAGUGAAGAGCCUGCAAGCAGAAUAUCUUUAGCUGAUCGAGCACCAAGUGGCAACAUUUACUAUCCUGAAGAUGAUAUUAAUGGCUCUAAAUCACCAGAAAUACAAAGGCAUCAUUCUUAUCCUACGCAAAGUCUCAAUGAUCCAAAACACAAAGCAUUACCACUUCCUGAUGCCAAGAGGGUUCAAACAAAUGCCACGUAUGCACCAGAUCAUGCCAGAGCCAAGCGUCCAGGAGGUUUCUCACCUGUUCUGGUCGACAGGACUCCCAUAGGUCCUGAUCCCAAGAAGAGAAAAGACAUGUCAAUUCUGAAGUCUAUGUCUCACGUAGGUCAUCUUAACCCAUCCAGAACCAACCUGCGUCCCUUCACCCCAGAGAUAAAUCAUCUUUCUUCCAUGGCUAAAGUGAGUGGAUAUCAACCUGCUUAUGUUAAGAGUUUUAGAACAAACAUGCUGCGAAAAGGAUUUAAAACCAUAGAAAAGUCUGACUCAAUUGUGAAGGGUUAUUCUCAUGGAAGCAACUUAGAGGGUAAAGUUGACAAACAGAUAUCUUAUCCAACAUGGAUUCCAAGGCGCUAUAGCAGUGAUGUGAUGCCUCAAGCAAGAGGAUACGCCCAUAAUCGACGUCUCAAGCCUGGUUCUGAAAAACCACAGCCCCAUGACGACUCUGUUUUAAGCAGCAAAUUCUUGGGAACAGGUAAUUCAUCUCAACAGAAUCACAACAGUUACAGACCUCACUUAGCAGAUGUUGGGGUUGGUAUUGGGGUUAUAGCAUCACAAGAACGGCAACUAGGCAACUGGCAUCCUGCACCAAACAGAGCCCAAAGCUCCAUCCAAGGCAAGUUCAAACCUUUCCAAAGACUUGUUGAAUACGAUCUUCCCGCUCAUAAUCAUUCACUAGAAAGUCAAAAAGCAUCUACAGAGACAACCCUUCCCCCAAGUUUCAACGCCGCCGGUUUUAAUUCAACAGAUGUUCCUUCAACCACUCAAAAGUUAAGCACCAAGUCUGCCCCACCAAUGCAGACAAAGAUCCAAGAUGCAGAGCCUGAAGCUCAAACCUCAAACCUGGAGGACGAAGUUAAGCAAAAGUCAGACAUACCAAACACAGCCUCUACACCCAAGCAACAACCACCAGCAGCAGCAGAAGACGACGACAGUGUUGUCCAAAGUACUCCAGAAACAGAUCAAUCUGGAGUUAUAAUGCUGCCUUAGCAAACAUCAAUAUUGCUUGUGCCACUUUUUUCAGGUUUAGAGAAUUCAUGACAAUAUCAUAGUUAAUGCAAUAGCUGUUAAAUAAUGUCCUUUACCCCUUGUGUGUGACUUUCAAUAAAAACAUUCAUUUU